AUGGCCACGAGUCCCCCUCGCCACGUCUUUGCCCACAAAAGAAAUGUGCGACUUAUCAUUAAAGAAGACAUGCGCAUCGACUCUUUACAAGUUAUCGCCUCGUUACCCGAUUUUCAAGCUGACAUCACUGGCGUUGUACCUUUCUUUGGAGGGAAGUGCAUUGAUAUUACUUUACGCAACCACGAGGUCGCCGCAAGACUGGCCGCGAGUGGCUUUGAUUAUGGAGAUAUCCGAAAACCCCUGCACCUUCUCGGCGAAAAACUAAUACACACCUCUUGUUUUGUACCAGUGGAAUUCCCUGACAACGUGGUGGUGGAACUCUUAAAGCAAUACGGUGAGCUGAAAACCGAGAACCUUCGCCGCCUUUACUUUCAGGAGGAGGGGUUUUCCCAUAUUGAGCGUGGAAUCCGCGUGGCGGAAUUUGUUAAAAUCAACCGGGAUUUACCUCGUAGAAUAGUGACUCAAGGAGUUGAAAUCAAUUUUAAAUACACCCGACAAAUGAUUACGUGCUAUUGGUGUAAUUCCACCAAGCACGUUCGACAUUGCGACAUAAAUCAACGCCUAGCAGCAUCCGGGGGGAAAGCCAUCCCUGGUCCCCCUAUACCCAUGACGGAAACAGAGGAAACAACUAACGACGACAUGGACCAUGACACUGAGGAGACGAAUACGGAAUCUUCACAGAUGCAGCCUCCGAGUUACACGCAGGUCUCCAACCCAAACCAAGAGCUUUCACCUUUCUUUGCUUCGCGUGACCUCUUCGACACCUCUCCUUAA